AUGAGUGAUUAUCUUCCCUCGUUCAUCGUCGAGCCUGUCCUGCGCCAAGCGAGGCGAAUCUCCCGGUUGAGUACCGGUGAAGAAUCGCCUGGCUUUCUACCUACCGUCCCUGACCUGCAACGUUGGAAUCCCACCCGCUUUUGGAACACAUCUCCUCCUCCAGAACUCCCAGAACUUUCUGCCCCUGAAGCCGAACGCACCGAGACCACAGUUCAAUCUAUAGCCAGAAGUAUCCAGCUAUGGGCCAGUCAGCUGAACAGCUUCGAUUCAGUGCCCUCCCCACCUUUGGAGGCCAUGGACUCCCACAACGUACCCCCACCACUACUGGAUCUGGACUCUUCAGCAGUUACCGAAUUCCCUCCUCUUGAGCCGGAUGUUGUCCCUCCAGCGAGACCGGUAGUACUGCCAAAUCAUCGAACCGACAGCGACACAUCACUCAACCCCGCAAAUGAUUUACCUUACCGUUCAAGGGUUCAUGCCGACAGUGGUCGAUCGCACUCGUCGUCAGAUCCACGUACCUCUGGCCUGUCAUCUGUGACACAACAUCUCGACCCAUCGCCUGUGAGGGACUCGGUCGGAGAUCACUCUCGGCGAAGAGACGGCUCCGGCGCCCUCCCCGAAGACGAUGGAAUGGGUCCAGUUCGACAAAGAAUCAAUGGGGUGUGGGCAGGGCCCGGCACCCCUGCCGAAAAGUCCAGACUGAUUCAUGUGAUAAUGAUGGAACGCUAUCAGAAUAGUCAGCCUCCUCAGCCUAGAAAAGCUUCUUUGGGUCGGUUACGGGACAUGCCAAACCGACCCACAUCCCCCAGUUCUAUCCUUUCUGGGUCUGCUCAUGAUGUCGAUUACAAUGUCAGGCCAGAGGACCUCAUUCCAACCUAUGCUCCAUUGGAUCUGGAGGUCGCCCAUGACGGUGUUGAACAUUCGGCGGAAUCGGCCACGCCCGAUCUGGGCUGUGUUCAUUACAAGCGAAAUAUUAAGAUGCAGUGUAAUACAUGUCAGCAAUGGUAUACCUGCAGACUGUGCCAUGAUGAAUCCGAAACACACACUCUUCCACGGCGCGAGACCAAGCAUAUGCUCUGCAUGCUCUGUGGCACCCCCCAGAAAGCCUCGCAAUUUUGCAAAUCCUGUGAGGUACAGGCAGCUUGUUACUACUGCUCAGUCUGCAAACUAUGGAACAACGACCCAGGCAAGGCUAUUUAUCAUUGCGAUGACUGCGGGAUUUGUCGACUGGGAGAAGGCCUGGGCAAGGACUUCUUCCACUGCAAAACAUGCGCUGCUUGUAUGUCGAUCCAAGCAGAAAGCACUCACAAAUGUAUUGAACGAAGUACGAAAUGUGACUGUCCAAUAUGUGGAGAGUACAUGUUUACCUCAAACAAGCCUGUUGCAUUCAUGCGAUGUGGUCAUGGUAUUCACGAAUCUUGUUUUGCCGAAUGGUGCAAUACCAGCUACAAAUGUCCGAUUUGCUCAAAAAGUAUUGCCAACAUGGAAAGUCAGUUUCGCAGGCUGGACAGACACAUUGAAGACCAGCCGAUGCCAGAGGAGUAUCGUGACAAUCGAGCUUACAUAUUCUGCAAUGACUGCAACAGUCGAAGUAUCACAAGAUACCACUGGCUUGGACUAAAAUGUGCAAAUUGUGAAUCAUAUAACACUACGCAAUUGGAGCUUCUCGGAGCCGAGCAAACCCCAGAACUUCAACAGGAAGCGGAGAGAGCCCACCAUGCUGGAGUAAGUGAAGCUUCCUUGACAGCCAGUCAAACUCAUACCCCUACUGGCGAGCUCGUGCAAUCCGUGGAAACCGGACCUACGACGGGGACAGUGGCUCAACCAGUCCCCAACGUAGCUGGAAGUGUGCCUCGAUCUCCCACCACAUUCUCACCCUGGCUACUACCACAUUCCCCAACAGGUCGAUCUGCCCGAUCCAUGUCACCUGUUGUAGGAAGCUACUUCGGGACCAGCUCACGAACCCCUGAACCUGUCAGACGGGAAACCGCACCACCUGAAGAUGGAGGCGACCUCGACUUCUGGGGCCGCCCUAACUCGCCUAGCCCAAACAUGGACAUGGAAGACGAGUGGGACUCCGAGGAAAGCAGCAGCGAAGACGAGGCUAUGGAAGAAGAUGGAGACGAGGAGGACGAGGACGAAAUGGAUCUAAUCGGUCAUAGAUGA